AUGAGGGAUAAGGUUGUGAGGCAACGCAUCGAUGAUUGUGAUGCUGAUGGUGGGGUUGGAGACAUGUUACAUGACUAUCAUGAAGCACAUUUCGGUGAAGGACCACAGGAGGAGGAGGAGCCAGAGGCAUCCGCAAAAGCGUAUUUCGAGAUGUUGGAGGCUACACAGAAACCACUUCACAGUCAUACAAAGGUUUCUCGGCUGGACGCCAUCGGACGGCUAAUGGCCUUGAAGUCUCAGUUUAGCCUGAGCCGAGAUGCCUUCGACAGCCUGUUGACCGUGUUUGGAAGCAUACUUCCAGAAAAUCACAUUACGCCAAAGUCAAUGAAGGAGCAUGAGAAAGAUGCUUACUGUCCAAAAUAUAAAGCCUCUAGGUUCCUCGAAGUGGACUCUGGUGAUGGUCAGCCUAAGAAGCAGCUCACGAUUCCCGUGAAAAUCCUACGCUACCUUCCUUUCAUUCCUAGGAUCCAACGACUAUUCAUGACCGAGGAAUUCGCGCAACAGAUGACCUGGCACAAGAAAGGUGUUCGAUACAACCCUGACAAGAUGGUGCAUCCAUCCGAUGGUGAGUCAUGGAAGAAUUUUGAUAGGAUUCAUCGUGACAAGGCUAAUGAAGCUCGUAAUCUGGUGUACUCACGGGAAGUUUCCAUGUCCAACAUGCAAGGCAGCUCUGUAGUUCAUCUGGUUGAGGAAGGGGGACAAGACGUUAAGAGCUUCAUGAAAGGUGUAAAAGUUACAGAAAUUGCACCGCCGAUCAUGAUGGGUGCUGCGAUUCAUGCUCAGAUAGAUGCUCUCCGAGUCAACGAUGACGGUGGUUUUGUUGGGUACGGUGAGGAACAUGCUUGGACUCAGAAGUCUGUGCUGUGGAGGCUCCCUUAUAUUGAUGAUUUUCUACUUCCACACAACAUUGAUGUGAUGCAUACUGAAAAGAAUUGGGGAGAGGCACUUUUUGGAACAGUCAUGGAUAUUUCUGAUAAGACGAAGGACAACGUAAAGGCAAGAGUGGAUCUGGCAAUGUUGUGCGAUAGACCAAGAUACGAAAUGAGGACUCCUGGACCUGGGAGGAAAUGGAAGAAGACACAGGCCGACUUCGUCCUCAUGAUGGCCCAGAAGAAAGAAGCAUUAGAGUGGAUCCAAAAGUUACAAUUUCCCUAUGGAUAUGCAGCGAAUCUUAGGAGGGGUGUGAACUUGACUACUAUGUGA